AGUAGAAAUGUAAGGAUAUGACACAGGUGUAGAAAGAGCAUCAAUUGGCCUCACACUGCGGCGUUUUCUACAACAGAAAACACCGACAUAGGAUGCUCCGUCGUUUUGUCCCCAUCCGAUUCCCCUCGAGAUUUCCACUCUUAACGCACCAACAGUCCACUAUUUUGCUGAUGACCAUUAUCCUAUCUUCUUCUUAUCCAAACAACCAAAUCAUCCUUCCUUCUUUCUCGCAUUUAAUCCUUUACUCAAGUAUCUUCACACAACAAUAAAUUCCUCACCACCAUAGAUUACCUUUCAUCUCCUUUUCUAUUUUAUCCAUAUCAAAAUAUUCAUCUUCUUUCACCUUUCUGGGUAAUCGAUUUAUCGCUUGUAUUUUAUUUUUUUUUGGUUAAUUUGAUAUAGAUGUAGGAUGGUGUUAGUUGAGGAAUUUUUGGAGAUUCUUGAAAGACCCACCAUAGGUGCAGUAUUUGUAGAGAUUAUGGUGUUUCUUGGUCCUGUUUGGAUUGCUUUUCUUGUGGGUAUUACGGUGGGAUGGAUUUGGAAACCUAAAUGGGCUGCAUGGAAGAAUUGUAAAUUUGAUUUUUCAGUACCUUCUUCCCCCUCUGCUUCGGUUCCUUCUACCUCCAAACCCCUGGGUUUUCAGUCCUCCGAGGCUCCUACCCCUAGUUUUGCUUCUUAUGCGGAUGCUGGCUCAGAGAUUGAACAAUUUGACAGUGGUCCAUCGAGGCUGAAUACUUUACCAAUAUCAGAUGAAGAUUUGGAUCAUUUGUGGCAUCUUGUUGAGAGGAAAGAUGGAGGCCCUACGUGGAAACACAUGAUGGAUCAUUCCACCCCUAAUAUGAGCUAUCAAGCGUGGCAGCGUCAUCCGGAGACUGGUCCCCCUCAAUAUUGCAGCCGAACUGUGUAUGAGGACGCAACACCUGAAUUAUUGAGGGAUUUCUUUUGGGAUGAUGAGUUUCGAGUGAAGUGGGAUGACAUGCUUGUACAUGCUGAAACGAUAGAAGAGUGCCCCACAACAGGAAUGAUGGUAGUACACUGGGUUCGAAAAUUCCCGUUUUUCUGCAGCGACAGAGAAUAUAUAUUUGCUCGUCGAAUAUGGGAGUCAGGAAGGUCAUAUUAUUGUGUAACAAAGGGAGUGCCAUGUCCUACUAUUCCCAGGAAGGACAAACCAAGACGUGUUGACCUGUACUAUUCAAGUUGGUUCAUUCAAGCUGUGGAAUCAAGGGAAGGAAAUGGCCAGCUGACUGCAUGUGAGGUGCUUCUCUUCCAUCACGAAGAUAUGGGCAUCCCAUGGGAAAUCGCAAAAUUUGGGGUAAGGCAAGGUAUGUGGGGGGCUGUAAGAAAGAUUGAACGUGGACUUCGUUCCUACCAGAAAUCAAGAGCAUCUAACGCGAAGAUCUCUCACUGUGCUUUGAUGGCCCAAGUAAAUACGAAAAUUGAUCCAGAAUACUUGAAGUCAACGGAUGGGAAUGAGGAAUCAUCAGGGACUGACAUAGAGAUUUUACCUGCAAAACGUGAGGGCAGUAUAAACAUACCAAAGCUACUUAUCAUUGGCGGAGCUUUGGUUGUUGCUUGUACUCUUGACCAAGGAAUCAUACCCAAGACAUUUUUGUUUAAUGUAGCGAAAAGGUUUGGAAAUAUAGGGAAAAAAGCAAGUCCAAGGCCAUGACGGAUAAUUUCAUUAGUGCGAUGAUUUUGUUGUACAUAACCUAUUCCAUCCCCCCCUUUUAGCGUAGUGUUAGUGAUCGAUAAAAGCAAUGACUUUUAAGUGUAACACAAGCUGAGUAUUAUUGAUCAAUACAAGCGCGGCACAGAUUAUCAUCUGCUUUACUCAGGCCUUUGAUUCUUAAUCACUAGACUGUCCACAAGAAGUUCUUACCAUA